AUGAAGUUCUUCAGCGGCCUCUCUCUCACCCUGGGUAUCUUGGCCAGUGGAGUGACAGCUUCACCUCCCGUUGGGACUGUGACAGUCCAACUCGCCAAUGACCAGUCCGGCGCCAACGCCAAUGUCAAAGUCCCAACUGACAACUCGCCCCACCCCAUCGGAACCCUCUGGGCGCACACUUCUGUGGCUUCAGGAAGCGUUGUUUCUGCCUCGAGCGCCCAGCUCAAUCAGUUCAAUCAGGAUACUGUGUGCAAGAUUGUGCAAGCGCAUUCACAUGUGGAUGCAACCUUGAAUUCGAGACAGACUUGGGUCUCGCUGACUGAUGGUAACGUGAUGGAUUUGACUCAUGGAUUUAUUGUCUGUCACUAG